AUGUCUGACGUCGCUGAGACCAAGCCCGACCCCACCACCAGCGCUCCUGAGGGCGCUGAGAAGCCCGAGGAGACGACCACCACCGCCACCGAAGAGACCAAGACUGAGGAGAAGCCCGAGGAGUCCAAGUCGGUGACCGAGUCCGCUGCCGAGGCCGUCAAGGACACUGCCACCAAGACCACCGACAGCGUCUUCUCCAUGUUCGGCGGUGGCCCCAAGAAGGAGAAGCAGGAGGAGCCUGAGGAUGCUAAGGACGAGCCCUCCGGCUCUUCCAAGGCCCAGAAGGGUGAAGAUGAGGACGAGGCCCCCGAGUCCCCUGAUGUUCACUUCGAGCCUGUCAUCCGCUUGACCGAGAAGGUGGAGACCAAGACCAACGAGGAGCUGGAGGAGCAGACCUUCAAGAUGCGUGCCAAGCUUUUCAAAUUCGACCGUGACAGCAAGGAGUGGAAGGAGCGUGGUACCGGUGACGUCCGCCUGCUCAAGCACAAGGAGAACCAGAAGACCCGCCUCGUGAUGCGCCGCGACAAGACCCUCAAGGUCUGCGCUAACCACUACAUCGUUCCCGAUAUGAAGUUGAGCCCCAACGUUGGCAGUGACCGCAGCUGGGUUUGGAACGCUACCGCCGAUGUCAGUGAGGGUGAGCCCGAGGCGCAGACCCUGGCCAUCCGUUUUGCCAACAGUGACAACGCCAACCUCUUCAAGGAGGCUUUCGAGAAGGCCCAGAAAGAGAACGAGAAGCUGCUUAACCUGCAGUAA